CCACAGUUUACCUAAAAAUGUAUAUGUUAAUUAGAACUGAAGAACACUUUUGUUUUAAAUGAAGGUCGAUGUUAUUAGAGAAACGAAAUAAACUUUUCAAGAGUCGUUAACCUUUGUGAUACAAAUAUAGUUUUCGACCGAAUAAUUUUUUCCAAACUUCUGGACAAUCAUUACAAAAUCUAUAAUGACGAAACCAAACAUUGUUGGCCAUCCAAUCUGGUCGAACCCUGUGGGGGUUAUGUCAAUUGUCUGCACGGCCUGACUAACUACUUAUUUCGAGCCAAGUAUAACCCGAAAUUGCAUUGAUAGUAUAGUGACAACCAAGAUCGUAUUCCACGGGUUUUGAUUUCCUAGGCUACUUCUCAAGCUGUUGUUAUCUAGCCAAUUGGUUUCGUUUGGUUCUCGGAGGUCAAUUGUAAAUACUAGUGGAGUAAGCAAGGAUACAAACCAGGUACUUCGGGGUAACUGCCUCUCCCUAAACUUAGGUUCAUCAUGCAAAUGGUUAACUAUGUUGGUUUGCAUGAUAAGGUACGGAACUCGCUCAACUAAGGGUUUCAAUGAUUACUUCCCUCCUUCUUGUACAAUCCCAAAGAUCCAAUGUUAGGGGUGUUCAAACGGAUUGGUUACCGUGGUAACCAUAUUAACCAAUAGUAUUCGGUUAAUUUGGUUUGGUUAAUUUGAAUAAUUGGUUUGGUUUGGUUAAACAAUUUAGCUUAUUUGGUUUAGGUGGUUUGGUUUGCUUUCAACACUGCUAACCAAUGAAACCAAUUAACCAAUUAAUGAUACACCUAAUAUACAAAAUUAUUUAUACUUCCAUGCAACCAACCAAACCAAACUUUCGUGAUUCCCUAUUUUAUUUCCAUGUGCACAACAAACCAAAACAUUAUGGGUCAAAAAUUAAAUGGGUCUGCCUAUUUACUAAACCAAAACAUUUUGGACAUCUACUAAACUUUAGAAUUACUUACAAUACCAUGACAGCCACCUCAAACUAUGUAUAGUUUGAGUGUUUUGUAGGAGAGCUUUAACUUCCUCACGAGUGGUAUUUGUGUGUAUUAAUAUUUAUGUUAAGGGUUUGUUGUAAGCUAACUAUAGUAGAUGCAAAGAUGAUGAAUGAUGUAUUAACUCGAACGAUGAUGAUAAUCAUGGAUGGUUAGUUUUAUUAUUAUUGCUUAUAUAUAAUGAUAGUUUAUCAUAGUAACAACAUAUGGUUAUGUUUUAUUCAUUAACAUGAUAAUUGUUUUCAUGUAAUGUAAUGUUAUUUGGUUAAUCCGAUUAUCCGAUUAGCCAAACCAAUUAAACUUUGGUUUGGUUAAUUUGGUUUUCGUGUUAAUUUGGACGGUUUGGUUAAGAUAUUUUAUUCCAUGGUUAAUGAAAAUUAGGCUUAAUUGAUUUGGUUAUUACCACGGUAACCAUUUGAACACCCCUAUCCAAUGUCACCUUAGUCAAAGUUCGCGUACUAGGGAUGCUCACUUAGUCCCUAUCAAUAGGUUUAACCAAUCAAACACACUAAAGUGAUGGAUUGAUGGCGCUUGUAUCAUCUCUAGCAUUGCUCAGGAGAGCAUUCCUCUAGCAGGAGUUCAGUUGCCGCGUCCACUAAAGGAACGCUAAGAUCAUUCAUCUACCCCUAAUUAGCCAUAAGGCGCUCAAAUCCAGUCUAGCUCUUAAGCUCCCACUUAGCUUGAAGACUCGGUUGUAGGCUAGAAGAGAAGAAUUUGAAAGACAAGCCCCAACAUAAUCAAGCAUAAAUGAAGCAUAUAAUCACUGAAAUAAACGAAUCCAUACACAAAAUCUAACACAAUCACAUAUACAUUAAAACCUAGUUUUAGGGUUUGGGGGUUUUAACUCCUAGUACCUUAGAGGACUACUCCAUAAAGGAGGAAAGAAGAUACAUGUAGAGAAAUAGAAGAAGAUUUGAAUUGAGGAGAGCUCCCUUGAGUCCCUUCCUCCUUGACUCCUCCUUCUUCUCCCCCUUCUCUUCUUCUCCUUCCUUCAAAUUCUCUCUCUACUUUCUCGCUCACAAACAAAAAAUUCUCAAUUAGUUUCCGCUCCCAAAUGAAGGGGGAGGCACCUCUAUUUAUAUAUUUCAAGGUCUCAGCCAAGUUCACAGUUGAACUGGGAAAGAUCGCGGGCGCGAUCUGGGAAGUGGAGAUUGCGAUCUUGAGCUUCAUCAUUUUGCACUUUGCUGGUUGGGAAGUUUGCGGCCCAACUUCACAGUUGCGAUCCUUGAGCUGCGACCGGAUCUUCUUCGCGGGCUCGGAUUAAGAGGGUUGUGAGUCUACUAUCAAGACUCUUUGCUCCUUCCUUGUUGGCUGCACCAAGAGUUUGUGCCUGAGGCCUCCAACUUCGCGUUCGUGAUAUUGACACUGAAGGUUGUGAUCUCGAUGCUCAGCUUUGCGUCCUUAGUUCCAGGUCGUGACAAAUCAUGGCUUGGCCAUGAUCUUCUAUUUUUUCACAUUUCUCUACACUUGUGCCCUCUUUUGGUACCUAAAACAUUCAUAUAAUCUAAUAUACCCUAAAAUGCUAAAAUUUCAUCGAGUAACGAUAUAAGGGUAUAUUUGAUAAUAUAUUUACCGUGAAGACCAUGAAAUGACUCAAAACAAACCUAAAUAUGGGCCCUAAAUAACAUCAUUUUGGGUGUUAUCAACUCCCCCAUAUUUAGGUGUUUGCUUGUCCCCAAGCAAACCUACUCAACCAAGUACAACUUGAUAACAAUCAACAUGAUAUCACUAUAGUUCUUCGUUGCACUAGUUAUAAUAAUCGGGAUCGAGUGAACAUUACUCUCAUCUCACUGUGAAAACACAAACUCUUGGAUGAGGACCUUGUCGACUAAGUAGGUCAAGACAUUCAAGGUGUGCACCGGGGGACUCUAAAAAACAAUAAGAGAAAUGGACUCUUUGAAGGCUUCUUUAUUAUUUUUUUAGGUAGAAUUAUGGUUUUGAGUCUCCUUUUUUAAACAUCGUCGCACUUGGCACCAAACAUUUUCAAUUUUGCAAAUAGCCACUGUCCCUUGUGACCAAGAGUGAAAUGAACAUUGCUUCCCUAUCAAGGCCCCAUGUGGGGGACAUGAUGGCCAGAUUCAUUGCCCGAGCACCACUUCCCAGCAUGCACUCCUCAUCUCAACGACAGACGGGUUGCCAAACAUGUCAGGUACAAAAGAGAGUCGAGGUCUCGUGACUCGCUUAAAGGCACACUAUCUCCUCUCCAUACGAGUCUGCGAUGAGGAGAGGUUUUUGGGGGAUGGAAGGUUGUAAAAGAUCAUUGAGACGCGGUAAAGGUAUUAGAACCCCAAACACAUCCUUAAAUGGCAGUCCGAACCGAGAGAAGGGCCAUUCGACGACUCAACUCAAACACUAUGCUCGCUUGCCUCUCACGCUCCUCAUUUUGCAAAAGAUUUCUUUAAAAAGUUAAGCACAUUUUGAAAACGAUUUUUAGUACAAAAUAGGUAGAAAGUCUCGCACACAUGUCUUUACCUAAGUAGCAAACAUUAUCAUUCACCAAAGAGGAAGAUAGGAGUAUAACCCCUUAUACACCAAAAACUCUUGUAAAUGCAAACUAUUCCCUAUAAACACACCAUAUCAACUAUCUAGCAAUUCAAAGCACAUUAUGGAGGUAGAUGCUAGGGACAACAUGUUUGGAACCCUUAAAUUUGAUUUUUUUUUUUUUUGGGUAUAUGAUCAAGUUUCCAAACAUAAAUUCUAAGUCAUUCAACACCACAAAACACAACUAAUUGAUAGCUAACACUCCCACACACAAUCAUCAACGUCUUACAUUAUAAUCAUAGGGAGGCUACUACCAACUAUGUCAACAUCAUCAUGAAUCAUUCAAACAUACAUACAAUUUCCCCCACACUUAAGAGACACAUUUUUCUCAAUGUGGGAGAAUAAAGGUAGGUUCAUGAAUCGUUACCAUAGGGUGUUUUGCUAGGUUGGUGUAGGUGCACAAGUGUAGGUCUUGGUCUUCGUAGUUGGUAUAGAACGAUAAAGCCCAUAAGCAAAAGAGAAAGUUGAAGGUUACGGGGAACAAAAUAACAUAGAUAAAUAGACAUUAGGAUUCAAUACUACUACUAGGUAAUUAAAAGCACGAGGUACAUAAAUAAAAAGCAUAGAAAAAAUACAUUGUUUAAAGUUAAAAUAAAGAAAAGCAAAUGAAUAAAAGAUAGAAAAUAGG